GUGGUGACAGGAAAUUGUAGUGUGUAAGAUUCUAGAAAUUCAACUAUCUAGAUAGGUACUCAAGGUCUUACUGCAAUGGUGGAGUUAGUAGUAACUCCGCUGGAAGCAUGUUAAACCCGACAACCUCUUUACUUGAUAAAAGCCCCGAGUGCUUGACAUGCCAUUUCAGUCUAAUCAUCAUUAUUAGAUACUAGUCCCCGAUCAGAUAUCAAUAUACAUUAUGGCAGCAACAAAAUCCUCCACCUGGCUAAUAACAGGCGCCUCCUCCGGCAUCGGCAAAUCCCUCGCCCUUGAAGCUCUCAAGUCAGGCGACAGAGUAGUUGGAACGACUCGCGACGUAGACAAAGCCGAACUAUGCUUUCCUGAAUUCGUGACAAGAGGAGGAAUCUGGAUAGCCUUAGAUCCCGCUCAAAAGGAUGCCUUUGAGAGGUUUUCGAAGUGCGCAACAGAGUAUGACAUCGAUGUUUUAAUUAAUAACGCAGGUUAUGCAUUUAUUGGUGGAGUGGAGGACACAAGCGAGGGUGAAGUACGAGAGCAGAUGGAGGUCAAUUUCUAUGGGCCUCUCCGAGCCGUACGAGCCUGUCUUCCAGUAAUGCGGUCAAAAAGAUCAGGGCACCUUGUCCUUAUAAGUAGUGGUGCCGGGUUUAUAUCGCGUCCGGCACGAUCAUCAUAUUCCGCCAGUAAAUUCGCAAUUGAGGCAGUUUACGAAUCCCUCUCUCAUGAACUCAAGACUUUCGGCAUCAAAGUUCUCAUCGUAGAGCCAGGAGCAUUCCGAACGCCAUUCGCAAGCAGGAUCAGGACGCCAGCUCAGUAUCAAGUCAGUAAUGGUUUUAGUGAAUCAUACAAAGGUACUGCGGUUGAGCAGAUGGUGAACGGAACUGUGAACAUUAUGUCUAUUCCGGACUUUGUGAAAGGAGAUCCUGAUAAAGCUGCGCGAGCAGUUGUGAAAGCUGUAAUAGGAGGGCAUAAUUAUCUGCGUAUGCCUCUAGGGCCUGACUGUGUGACUGCUUUAGAGGACAAGAUUAGACAUUUGCAAGAGGAUUUAAAUGCGACCAAAUCCAUCGCUCUUGGAACUAAUUUUGGUUGAUGGAUUUGACUAACAACAAGAUUGGGGUUUGCCCGGUCGAUAUGGAACCAAGGGAUAGUUGAGACAAUAGCCUGGAUUGUAUAGGAGAGCGCCUAAUAAUACUCUAUGAAUGUCA